CGUGCUUGGCUGGUCAUAGUCGGGAUACAGCCGCGUUUGAAUGGAAAUAAUUCUUUACUGCCAGCUAUGUCUCCUGAAGUAAAGUUUAGCUAACGCCUUGCCUGUUGCCUGAUAAUGUGAAUUGCAUUUGUAAUCAAGGAGAUGUGCUGCAAUCCUCCUAUGAAGAGUUUGCUGAUGACCGCACUUGGGCAACUAAACCAAAUAUGUCAUACAUGUAGCGGGGUAGCGGCACGCGCAGAACGCACGCGAAGCAUCUUCGGUUUGCUCGUGCGCGUGAAUGUGAACCGACAAAUGCUCUGCGAAUGACCUUUGAUCAUGAAUCUUCUGCCGAAGGCGUCAUCCGAAUUCGCCAGCGAGAAAUACUGGAACGAGUUCUUCCAUAAGCGAGGAAAAGCAGCUUUUGAAUGGUAUGGAGAGUUCUGGCAACAUGCAGAAACAAUAUUCAAGUACUUGAAGGAGUCGACUGACAAGAUCCUAAUUGUCGGUUGCGGCAACUCUACUUUAAGCGCGGACCUCUAUGACAGUGGUUACAGAAACAUUACCAGCAUUGAUAUAAGCGACGUGGCCAUACGACAAAUGAACGAUAAGUAUGUAACUUCGCGACCUCAGAUGCAGUUUCUCCAAAUGGAUGCUACCCAGAUGAACUUCAAAGAUGAGGAAUUCAGUGUAAUAUUGGACAAAGGAACAGUGGAUGCACUGACUCCAGACAGUGAUAGUGCUGCAAAACUUUACGCAGUGCUUAAAGAAGUGUCCAGGGUUCUCAGAGUUGGAGGCCGGUUUUUGUGCAUAUCACUGUUGCAGACCCACAUCUUACAAGCAUUGCUCAAGUGGUUCUCCUCGGAUCCAGCUUGGACUUGGGUCAUUCGGUUUCAUCGCUGUGAGGAUGCGGAAGCACAGGAGGAAGGUGCAUCAAGGCUAGUGCUGCCAGUGUUUGUGGUGGUCUUCACAAAACUCAAACGGUUGCUGGGACUCGAAACAGUGACUGAGCUGGCCUUCGACCCUCAAUCGAAACCAAGACGUGUUCCUGCUUCCACUGUAUGCAAUGAAGUAGCUUCCAUGCAGCAGUAUGCAUUUAUACGACAUCGUAUAGCCAAAAGGAACCUUGAAAAAGGGGAUGAUGUCAGUCUGGACCUCUAUGCAUCUUGGAGUGACAUACCUCGCUACCGUCUCUUUGUCUGCGAUCUGCAGGCAAAAAUUCAAACACAGUUAAAGUUUGCCAUCUUCAUUGUACCCCAGGGCAGGGAGUCGGAAUGGCUGUUUAGCACUGCGGAGGGCCGUCAGCAGCUGACUGAAACAUGCAGAGCCGAUCGUGUGAUUGUAGUCCAUUUAUGUCGUGAACAAAAUUACCUGGGCCUGGAUCAAGUCAAGAAGGAGCUGUCCUCAAAGGUCAUGGAGCUGGCACCUGCCUCAUAUAUGGAAGGGAAGCAGGUCCCAUUUAUGACGACAGGUGAUGAUGUGGGCCACCGUCAGAUACGGCACCAAGGCUGCAGUGCAUUAAGUGGUCAAUAUGUCAUUGAAGAUGUUAGUUUGCCAAAAGGCAUAGUUGUGAGACGCCUGAUAUUUCUUGACAAGCCGCAUGUCAUCCAAACAGAAGCCAGGCUUAAAUCAGUUAAGCUCAAAGGACAGAAGGGUAAAGUCUGGGAGGUUGUCAAGGACGACCUUCGUAGUGAAUACUACAAGUACAUGGUCGCUGGACUUGCCUUUAUAAUGCCAAAAGGGACAGAGGAGCCAGCCAGUGCAUUAAUGGUUGGACUGGGGGGUGGCACACUACCACUUUUUCUAGCAACCAAGUUCCCAAAGCUGCAACUGUCAGUCGUCGAGUUAGACCCCGAAGUGGUAGAUGUUGCCAGAAAGUGGUACCUUCCACAAGACUGCCCAAUGGAAAUUUGUGUGGAAGAUGGACUAAAGGCCUUCGAAAGACUUUCCAAGGAAGGCAAAACAUUUGACCUUGUCUUCCUUGAUGUGGACAAUAAGGACUUGUCAGAGGGGCUGACCUGUCCACCAGCAGAGUUCUUGGCAGAAAAGACUUUGAAAGAACUAGCUGCCAUCACGAAAUGCACGGGUGCUGUGGUGAUAAAUUUUGUCUGCCGCAAUGAAGCACUGAAGAAAGAAAUGUACCAAAGGCUGAAGAAGGUUUUUUGUGCAGUUUACUUCCAGUCGAUACCGGACAAUGUUAAUGAGGUGCUUUACUUGUCUAACAGUGAAUGUGACACCACGAUGAAGACAUUCAUCAGCAAUGUAGAGCAACUCCGGAGCACCAUGGACACAACCAGCAAUGGUAACAUAGCUGACCUUAUGGAAGGAUUAAAUCUUGUGUAAUACUGUGUCGC